CCUGAAAAACGAACGCACCGACCAAAUCCAUCGGUUUUUCUCUCUUUUUGGUGAUAAACACCACCUGAAUAUCUGUUUCCUUUUCCCCAAGCUACCAAACCUGUUUCCCAGCAAGACCAAAUCCAACAAAAAAAACUGUUACAGCACUAAAUCUCCCACAGUUUUUGCCUCCCUCCCCAUAAUCAGCCAGAAUUAACGUCGCAGAUUAAGACCUCAUUCCGGAAAUCCAUAUUCAUUAAUAAGUUACUCCUCUGCUUUUUCAAAACCAUAAAGGGUCUUAUACAUGUAAAUCCUCCAUCCUUCUCUGUAAAUCCAAAUCCAUGGCUAAUUCAGAUCUCUCAAUGGUUCUUCCUAGGGUUCUCAUCGUCUCCCGCCGCACGCUCCGCAAGAACAAGUUUGUAGAUUUCGUCGGAGAAUAUCAUCUAGAUCUAAUUGUGAGCUAUGGAGCGGUGCCUAUUAUUGUUCCACGAGUCAGUGGAGUCCAUACGCUACUCCAAAGCUUUGAACCAAUCCAUGGGGUUCUCCUAUGCGAAGGGGAAGACAUAGAUCCAUCACAUUACGACGCAGAGCUCUCGGGGUUCUCCUCCGAGGAGCUCCAAGAAAUCGGGAAGCUACACGCGAGUGACACCGUCAUUGACAAAGAGAAGGACUCCAUUGAACUGAGGCUGGCGAAGCUAUGCCUAGAGAGGAACAUACCCUACUUGGGAAUAUGCCGAGGGUCACAAGUCCUCAAUGUGGCAUGUGGGGGUACAUUGUAUCAGGAUGUUGAGAAGGAACUCGAGAAAGAGUGCCCGGAUCAGAAUCAGAGAGUGACUCACAUGAACUAUGAUGAUUACGAUGGACAUAGACAUGUGGUGAAGGUGGUGGAGAAUACUCCUUUGCAUCAAUGGUUUAGAGAUUCUUUGGAUGAUGAGAAAAUGGAGAUGAGAGUCAACAGUUAUCACCAUCAAGGUGUUAAGAGAUUGGCGCAGAGGUUUGUGCCAAUGGCUUUCGCCCCUGAUGGUUUGAUCGAAGGGUUUUAUGAUCCGGAUGCUUAUAAUCCUGAAGAAGGUAAGUUCAUCAUGGGACUUCAAUUUCAUCCAGAGAGAAUGCGGCAACUUGAUUCGGACGAUUUUGAGUACCCAGGGUGCGCAUAUGCAUAUCAGGAAUUUGUUAAAGCAGUAAGAGCUUAUGAAAAGAAGCUCAGUCAGUCGGAGUGCGUGCCAAAGGCUCCAAAGCUUAACCAUGAGCUAGAGAUGAAGAGAAAGAGCCUCCUAAGGAGCUUCUCAGUCGCCAAAAACAUGUAUUCUAGGCGUGGUAGUAUAUCAAGCAAAGAAUCUGAACUGGAAGUUGGAGCUGAGUUUCUAGAGGCAAAUACAGCAUUGAGUUUGCAGCAAGAGAAAAGGCUAAAGCAAAUGGGGGCAACAGUGAGAAAUGCUUCGGCGUACAUGGAGCAAUUGAAGAUGGGUGAGGAGAGGGAGAGAGUUGCAAGGGCCAUCAUUGGGAAAAUGUCCAUAGAGCAGAUAUCUGAAUUGAUGUCAUUCUACCGCAUCAUGACUCAGAUAUGUUCCGACUCUUUAGAGAAGAAGAUAACUGACCCAGCGAGUUGAUCAAUUGCUUACUUUUCCAUCUGAUUGCUGUGCAUACCUCUUAUGAUUUCCCCGAGCCAUUACUAUUCUGGACUUCUGAGCUUCCUUCCGAGCCAGUGUUUCAUUAUGUGCUUUGUUUUAUUACUUUGGUGAAAGUAUCAAUGUAUUCUAGUAUUCAACAACAAUAUAUGAAGUUCCAUUA